AUGGUUAAUGAACCUGUAUUAAGAUUUCGUAUUAUUACUUUCUAUGGGGCGCAAAAAGAAGAGACCAGCGAAGCCUUGGUGUAUUGCAAUCGGGAGUUUGAAGAUGAGAAAAUUUUAAUUCAGCAUCAGAAAGCGAAACAUUUCAAGUGCCAUAUGUGCCAUAAAAAGCUUUUUACUGGGCCAGGGCUUGCAAUACAUUGCAUGCAGGUUCAUAAAGAAACAAUCGAUAAGAUUCCUGCUGCUUUACCGGGCAGGGAUUCUGUUGAGGUUGAAGUUUAUGGCAUGGAAGGUAUUCCAGAAGACGCCUCAGGUUUGUUACAUGUUCCGCGCCCUUCGUUUGACUCAUUUUCAACAGAGUUAUGUCUCUCGUUAUACGUUUUAGAUGACUCAAGUACGAAAAGUUCUAAAAAAGACGCAACCAACUCCAGUACUGUUAUGGCUCCACCUAUCCCGCCAUUUCCCAUGAUUUCUCCAGUGCCACCAAUGAUGCCUGGAUUUCCUCCGGUACCUCCUGGAGCUGUACCUCCUUUUAUACCUCCGUUUGUACCUGCACCUAUACCUGGAGCUCCGAUGCCUCCUCGUGUGUUCCCCCCGGUGCCGAUGGUCCCUCCAAUGGCUGCGCCUCCUAUACCAAGUGACUCGGCUAAUGUUGCAGCAACGGAACAGGAACAUUCAAAAGAGACAGUACAAAUUCAAAAAUUAGGUUCAAAAACACACAUUAUGCAUCCUGACGAAAACGUUUCACUGGAAGAGCGAUUGGCGAGAAUGAAAGGCUUUUUAUGA